CGUGAGAUUAUAACAAAAAAAAAAGAAACAAAAGGCUAUCAAAACCGCUCAUUCAUAUCACUGAAGAAUUGCAUUAAUUACUUGCGCCGCCCGGCAGCCUAAAUUAUGCGCCUCUUCAAGACACGCAAGUCCAUCGACACAUUUGGCAGCGCAAACAGCAACACCACCAGCAUCCAUCCAUCAUAUCAGCAGCACUAUAACAACGGCACACAAACCGCCACACCCACACCGACCGCCACAACAUGCGCCGUCAAAUUCAGCAAAACCAUCGCCGGCAGCACAGCCAUUUCAUCGUCGCUACCCGAUCUGCAUGAUUCGCCCGUCAUGAUACUGAGCUGUACGAAUCUGAGCGCUAGCCACACGCCCACACCGCGCAUACCCACCAGCGUCGGCGUGCUGAGCGCCAGCAAUAGUGGCGCCUCCACACAAACGCACUCACCUGCCGCAGUUGGUGGCACGGGUGGUGGCAGCUACACACACAACUACAGCAGCCACAAUAGCAGCGGACGUCAGACACCGUCAGCGCUGUCGGUGGCUUCGCUGAAUGAUGCUGCGCUGCAGCGAUUGCAUCAUCAUCAUCAACAGCAGCAGCAACAUCAUAGCACCACACACUUAUUUCAAAAUGGCAGUGGUGGCGUCGGUGGAGGUGGAGGCGGCAGCAAGUGCAAAAGCAACACUUUGUUGGUGAAUUAUGGUGGCAGCAGCAGUAAUAUUGCGACAGCGCAACAUUAUUACCAAAAACUCGGCCAGCAGACUUUGGGGCAACAGCGUAACAGCUCGUCAUCGAGUAGCUGCAUCUACGAGAAAAGCAGAAAUGCGAGUUGCCACAAUAUUUCAUUGAUGCCAAAUGGCGACAAGGGUGGUGGCGGCGCUGGUGGCAGUGGCGGUGUCACACCAAUGAAGAGUUGCAGUGGUUCAACAAUAUCGCUGAUGGCGUCAAACGGUCAUUUGCCCAACUAUCAAUUGGUCACCGCAGUGCCUGUUGUCAUAUUGGAUGACGAAAAGAAAACCACUUCAAACGGCGGCACGACAACUGCAAAUGCAGCGACGACCUCAACAACAUCCGUUACAACAACAACAGCAACUCCAGCGUGCAUAACUGCCAAUAGCGCCACAAGAAAUGUCUUCACGUGGGGCAAGCGCAUGGGCCGCAAGCUGGAUAUAUUGAAGCGUAGCGACACCACCAACACACAUAAAUCACACACAGACCUGCGUUCCUUGUUUCACACAACCACACAUAACAACAACAAUAACAAUGAUAAUGCCAAGGACAACUAUCAGACGCACACGCUGAAGAAAUGCAAAUCUGGACCCAUCGAGACCAUCAAACAGCAACAAAAGAAAGAACAAAGAGAACAACAAAACAAGACGCAGGAACAACAACAAUUGCAAAAUGGCGAGGCGCAUAAUAAAAGCCAACAAAAGCAAGACAAAGCGAAGGAGCACAGCGGCCACACCAGCAGUGCACAGACGAGCACGCCGACGCAGUCGAACGCGCAGCAGCGUUCACAGAAGGCGAUCAAGAACUUCUUCCAUCGCAUCGGCUCUACCGGCAUGCUCAAUCACAAGUCACACAACCUGAUUAAAGCCGCCGAACCGAGCGGCUCGACCGGCAGCAAUCUAUACCGCAGCAGUUCCACUAGUCAGCUGACCAGCUCAUCGUACAUCAAAUGUGACGAUCCCACGGAGGGUCUGAACUUGGCCAACAAUCGCCAGAGCAAGUUGCCGAAGGGCAUCGCAAACGCAGCAACAAAUCUGAAAUCGAGCAGCUGCGAUGACAUCGCCAAAGUAGGCACGAGCAACUCACCGAAUGGCGAUGACGCAACGCUGAGCGCACAAACGCAGACCAGUGCUACAGGUCAGGGUGGCGCGGCCGGUCAGGAAUCCACAAACCGACGUGGCGCUUUUCCCUACGCAUUUCUACGUUCGCGACUCUCCGUUUUGCCGGAAGAAAAUGGCGGUUCGGUGAUGAAGCAACCAUCACUCAGCAGUCUGCAUACAAUGGACACUGGCGGCUUACAAGCGCUGCACCAGGCGGCGGUGCAGUAUAUGCAAGCGGGCCAGCAACGCUCACCAACGCCGCAGCAUCGGAACUCCACGUCAAUGCUACCCAGUGAUGUAACGACGUUGGCCGAUGGCACUUUGGACGCCAUAUCGCUGGCAAGCACUUCUCCAAAUCACCAGCAAAAGGUGAUUUAUCGGAAUGGCGCCCUGAUCAAGCGCUACUCGUCGGACGACAGUGCGAUCAGCAAUUGCUCGCCACAGCAGACCACGGCUGCCGUCGGUGCCAGCGCUUGCAAUGGUGUGUAUGUGAACGGCGAGGUGCUGGUGUCGCGCAACAACAGCCUCUCCUCCAAGGACUGGGAACCACUUUACCAAAGAUUAAGUAGUUGUCUAAGUUCGAACGAGUCGGGUUACGACAGUGACGGAGGUGGCGGCGGCGGCGUCGGUGUUGUUGGGGGUGGCGUUGCCAACAACAGCAGUGUUGGAAGCAGCGAAAGUGCAUGUGGCAGUGUUAUUUACCUCGGCAAUAACACGAACACACAACUGCUGGGCAAUAAUCUUGGUAUCUCCAGUGGAGAUACGGAAUCUAUUGCGUCGGGUACGUUGAAGCGGAACUCGCUGAUUUCACUAACCUCCUCCGAAAGUGGCGUCGGUUGUGGCGGUCUGCGCAGCAGUAGCAUAUGCAGCACGACAAGUGGUUCCGUGUCGCUGGGCGGCUACAACUAUGACUAUGAGACGGAGACCAUACGUCGGCGUUUCCGCCAAAUCAAGUUGGAGCGUAAGUGCCAGGAAGACUGCAUUGGAUUGGUUUUGUCGCCGAAGACUGUGAUGACCUCGGCAAAUGAGCAGCAAUACCGUUACCUGAUAGUCGAGAUCGAUCCGUAUGGCAUGGCGCAAAAAGAUGGCCGCCUGCGCAUUGGAGACGAAAUUGUCAAUGUGAACGGUAAGCAUUUGCGUGGCAUGCAGUCCUUCGGCGACGUGCAGCGUCUGCUGUCGACAUUCGUCAACAAUUGCAUCGACUUGGUGAUUGCGCACGACGAGAUCGCCACCGUCACCGAUUUUUAUACAAAAAUAAAAAUUGACGGCAGCGCUGGACAGACAUACAACUCAAUGCUAUCGUUGCAUGGUGGCAACGAACCAGCGCCUGCCUCAGCGCCGCCCACAGCCAAUCCGCAAAGCGAGUAUUUGGCACGCGCCCGUAAGCGGCUCAGCUAUACGCAGCGCACGCAGAGCACGGACAGCAUAAACUAUGAUCUGCAAAGUCUACAGAUGGCGUUGGAGAGUGAGGAUGAGCGUCAGAAGCGGCGACCAUCAUCCGCGGUACUGGACGCCACCGCUAGUGAGCUGGAUGUGGACGAUGACGCGCGUUCACUGGCCAGCGUAACGACAAUGCAUUCGCUGAGCUCGAUGCCCACGCCAAUGCCACUAAUGCAACAUAGGCGCUGCUCCACACCGCGUCACUCCAUGGAUACAACGGCAAAUGGUGGUGAGUUUGCGGCCGAACACAUAAGGCGACGCGCGCGUUCCUCGUCGGGGCAACGCAAUCUCGAGCUGACGCCGCUGUACAAUGCCAGCGCCGAGUACACGCCGGUGUAUGCGAAUCGCGCGUCCAGCAUAUCGCUAUCGACGCACACGAUCAGUGACGAUGAAAAGUGGCAGCUGUUGGCGCGCAAGCGCUGCUCUGAGGGCGCGGCAUUGCUGCGCGUUCAGCAGCAACAGCAACUUCACCAACAGCAGUCACAGGACGAGCUACUGACAGGUUGUGGACGCGCCGCGGGCAAUCGUAGUGCGUCGCUGACCUAUGGUGCGUCGGCGCCACUGGCCGCCGCUGCAUUUUUGGAUACUGUCGAUGGUGCGGGCGGCCAGUCGCAACAACAGGCGGCGGCGUUUCCGUCGCGCACGCACUACACGCGCAACUCCAUCAACCUGUCCAAUUCGCAUUAUCGUUCGCUGCGGUUUGCGCAUUCGCGUCUCAGCUCGUCGCGCUUGAGUCUAUUCAUACAGCCGCCUACCGGUGGCGCCACCGAGGGCGGCAGACUAACAGCAACAACAGCUACCGCUAAUAACAAUAACAGUAAUUACCAAAACUCCAAAGCCACUAAUAGUACAAAUAAUACUAAAACACAAACAACAACAAGCACCGCUACACCAACAACAACACAAAGGGCGACGUCAGUGGCCAGCAGAGCGCCUGCAAGUGGCGCUGAUAGCAACACCACCGACGAUGAUGUGCGUCAACAGCGCAGACAACAACAGCAGCAACAACAACAACAACAAACGUCGCCUGAUCUCACUAAUAACACUAAUACAAAUGUUAAUCCUAUUCACCUCAUUUCUUACCAACAACAACACCAAAACUUAACCGUACAACAACCACACCACCAGCAGCGACAUCACGCAACGCCUUCACAUUUAUAUCAACAACAUUUAACCAUACCAUCAACUUCUAUGCCCACAGCCUUAACCAGUGCGAGUUCGAAUUCGAAUACAACAACAAGUGCAAAAGCUGCGGCCACACAUUCAUUGCAAUAUCAUCGCCCUUCAUUGCCCGCGGCGAAACUAACAAUCCGCGACGAAGAAAUGGCCGAAGUCAUUCGCGCUUCGAUGAGCGACGGCGCCAGCCGCUCAACCCCGAAGACCAUCACUUUCUUCAAGGGGCACGGCAUGAAAUCGCUGGGUUUCAGCAUUGUGGGCGGACGUGACUCGCCAAAAGGCAAUAUGGGUAUUUUCGUAAAGACUGUAUUCCCUUCGGGGCAAGCGGCGGACGAUGGCACACUGCAGGCGGGCGAUGAAAUAGUCGAAAUCAAUGGCACCUCGGUGCAGGGCAUGAGCCACGCUGAAACCAUACGCCUGUUCAAGGAUGUGCGCGAGGGUGCAAUAGUGCUAAAGGUGUUGAGAAGGAAGUUACAAAAGGCGAAAUCAAUGGGCGCUUAAGGUGGACCAGAAACCACAACAUGGAAAGUAGUAAUCAGGAGGCACGGCCACUUGUUAAAUAUUAAUAUAAUUUAAUUUAAUUAAAUGUAAAAAUAAAUAUUUAAAGUAUGCAGAUGCGUAAGUUAGCGGUAAAAAUGUUCGUAAUGUCAUAAAAUAGUCUAAUUUAUAUAGUGAUAAGCUCGAGCUUGAUUUUAAACAAUAAAAUAAAGUAUUAAAUUGUA